AUGGUGCUCAACCCGACGCAGCGGCCCAACAAGUCGGCGCGGGGCCAGGGGCUGAGCGAGCUGGCAUCCGACCUCGGGUCGGACGCGAUGAGCAUCCGCGACAACGAGGGCGAGGCCGCCAACUACGGCGUCUACUUCGACGACACCGAGUACGACUACAUGCAGCACUUGCGCGACCUGGGCCAGGGCACGGGCGAGGCCGUCUUCGUCGAGGCCGACCCCGUCGGUGGCAACAAGGGCAAAGGAAAGGGAAAGGCCAAGCCGCAACAGUCGCUCGACGACGCCCUGCGCCAGUUGGAUCUGAAGAACCAGAGCGAGGAUUUGUUGGACGAUGAGUUGCUGCCGAGCAAGAACCUGCAGCGGCUGACGUACCAGGCGCAGCAGGACGUGCCGGAUGCGAUUGCGGGGUUCCAGCCGGACAUGGACCCGCGGUUGCGGGAGGUGCUGGAGGCGCUCGAGGACGAGGCGUACGUGGAUGAGGAGGCUGGCGAGGAUAUCUUCCAGGAGCUGGCCGAGGAUGGGCGGGAGCUGAGCAAGUACGAGUUUGAGGAGGCGUACGACGAUUUCGAGGAUGACGACGAGGGGUGGGAGUCGGACCGCACGGUGAAGGCGGGAGAGCAGAUUAAGGAAGAUGGUGUACCACCGCUUACCGACACGAGCAAGGCGCAGGUCGGUAGCGAGGGCGGGUCGGACGACUGGAUGACCGAAUUCAACAAGUUCAAGAGCGACCAGAAGACCGAGAAGAAGCCCCGGGCGGCGGCCGCACCAUCCGAGCUGCAAUCCUCAAUAUGGACUACAACGACCAACGGUGGGCGGAAGAAGACAAGAAAGGGUGCCAUGACAAACCCGUCCGCCUACUCGAUGACGUCGUCUUCAUUAGUAAGGACGGAGCAGCUGGGCAUCCUCGAUGCGCGGUUCGAGAAGAUCGAGGAGCAGUACAACGCCGACAUGGAGGACACAGCCUCCGUAUCAGCAGUAUCGACCAUGUCGACAGUGCAGGGGAAUACGCGGCAAGACUUUGACGGGAUGUUGGACGAGUUCCUCGGUGACUACUCCAUGUUCGGCAAGAAGCGGGUGAAGAAGGGCAAGUGGAAGAACGGGAUCCAGGAUUUCGACGAUAUCAGGCGAGAGCUAGGCCCGCCUAUCAUCCCGGAGAAAUACAAGUCGUAG